CCGUCCUGUCACUGUCUGUUUCGUAAUCGUCAAACUUCAAAGUCAACGCAAGCACACCCAAACCCAAAACUAAACCCUUUCGCCGUCGUUCCUUGAAGAUCCUCUUUUCUUUUUUUCCUCGCACUGGUUUCAUCUCUCCUUUUUCUUUUCGUUCCCGAGUCUCUUCAACCUUCUUCUCUUCCUACGACAUCGCGUAUCUUUCCUCUUGGUAAGCGGAUUCGGGAGGCAGCCCGACACCGCCAGACGAUUAGCCCAUCAUGUCCGGACGAUACGAACGAAUUAACGGCCAAGACGAGGAGGACUUUGACACCCGAAACAACAACAAUAACAACAAUCUCUCUCAUCCGAUCCCCCACUCGCCACCUCCCUCGUUUCACUCUCGAUCUUCUUCUCCCCAACCAACGCGCCAGGUCGAUGCUACUCUUGCCGAUGCCUUUGACGAUGAUGACGAUAGCGACGAUGAGGUUGAUGAUCGGAGGCGAUUGAUGCGACAGAACUCGACACCAUCUAUGGAUAAUGUCAACACGAUACCAACACCUGCUCAACCGGCUGCUCCGGCACCAACGCCGUCCGGUUCAAGGCCAACAAGAAUUGUAGGAGGCGGUUCUGGAUCAGAUGGUGUUUUUGCCAAUUUGUCUGCGCGCCCGGAGAGAGGGAGCAGUGAUCCCGAGAAAGACGAAUUACCACCGUCCUACGAACAAGCCGCGGCCGAUGCUGCUCCUCCAUAUUGGGAGACGACUAUUCUCGCUCCCGGCAUGGGAGGACCCGACGAGGUUUACAUCGACGGCAUGCCAGUUGGCUCAUUCUUCUCCUUUGUCUGGAACGGCAUGAUCUCAACAUCCUUCCAGCUCGUCGGUUUCCUCCUUACAUAUCUUCUCCACUCAACCCACGCCGCCAAGAACGGUUCUCGCGCUGGUCUCGGCAUAACUCUUAUUCAAUACGGUUUCUACAUGAAAGGCGUUUCCGAAGACGAGCCCCCAGCAAUGAGCGGCCCCGAUGGCUACGCCGCACCACCCGACCCCAAUUCCCACAGCUUCAAGCAAGGCGACGUAACAGACGAUGAUCUCGGCAGCAUUAGUGGAGGCGAGUGGCUAGGUUACGUGCUCAUGGUAGUCGGCUGGUUCCUUCUUAUCAAGAGCGUCGCCGAGUUUCUACGAGCACGACGUCACGAGCAGCUCGUCCUCCAGAGCCCUGAUCGUGGUCUUGGUGUACCGAUCAUCGCUGAGGGAGAGUCGAACGAGCGGGUAGUCUAAAUUAGCGGGUUUGAAUAUGUACAACAAUACCCUUAUAUCAUGGAAGCGCAUCAGUCGAGAGACGUAGGCGUUAACUCUUUUCCUUUUGGCGUUUCUUGGGUGGAUGGAUGGGAAGGAUAUUUUGGUCCCUACUACAAGCUUAGUGUUUGGCGCGUCACACGCAGUUUCAUACGUCUCUAUAUACGUCUCAUAACAUGAUUUUGGUUGUAUUUAUGUUUUGGCAGCUGAUGGCAGCCUGAGAACCGUAGAUAUAAAGGGCUCAUCAUAAAUGAGCGAAGAAUCCUCUUUCUUCCUG